AUGCAGCGUUCACCAGCUUUGGUUCGCAAUUUCCUCCGCCAGGGAAGCAACCAAAUCCUAACCGUUAAAUCACACCCGCCAUGCGACGUGUUCAUUAACCACCGGGGGAUCGACACCAAGAGAACCGUGGCCGGAUUGCUCUUUUACCAUUUCUCAAGGCUCAACUUGCAUCCUUUCUUGGACAGCAAGAACAUGAAACCUGGGGACAAGUUGUUCGACAAAAUUGAUGCGGCGAUCCACAAAUGUAAGGUGGGGGUUGCCGUGUUUUCGCCUCAUUAUUGCGAAUCUUACUUUUGCCUCCAUGAGUUGGCUCUGCUCAUGGAGUCUAAGAAGAGGGUGAUACCAGUUUUCUGUAAUGUAAAGCCGUCUCAACUUAAGGUCAGGGACAAUGGAACUUGCUCCCCAGAUGAGCUAAAAAGGUUCAGUUGGGCACUUGAAGAAGCUAAGUACACGGUUGGACUCCCUUUCGACUCCUGUAAAGGGAACUGGUCGGAGUUCCUAAAAGAGGCUUCUCAUGCAGUGCUGCAGAACUUGGUUGAGGUAGAAGAAGGAGCAUACUGA